AUCAAGGUUAUUGAUCUCUUGGCGCCAUAUGUAAAGGGAGGGAAAAUCGGUUUGUUCGGAGGUGCUGGUGUAGGGAAGACAGUACUCAUCAUGGAGUUAAUCAACAACGUCGCUAAGAAACAUGGAGGGUAUUCCGUUUUUGUAGGCGCUGGUGAGCGUACUCGAGAAGGUAACGACCUAUACAUGGAAAUGAUUGAGUCCAAGGUGAUUUCAAUAGAGGAUGACAGUUCAAAAGUGGCUCUGGUAUAUGGACAAAUGAAUGAACCACCCGGAGCACGAUCGCGUGUCGUAUUAACUGGCCUUACCUUAGCCGAAUAUUUCCGCGACAUGGAUGGCCAAGACGUGCUGCUAUUUAUUGAUAAUAUUUACCGUUUUACUCAGGCGGGUGCUGAAGUUUCUGCUUUACUGGGACGCAUACCGUCCGCUGUUGGGUAUCAACCAACCUUGGGUACAGACAUGGGUUCCAUGCAAGAACGUAUUACUAGUACGAAGAACGGGUCUAUUACUUCCGUACAAGCCGUGUAUGUGCCAGCUGAUGAUCUCACUGAUCCAGCACCCGCUGCUACCUUUGCACACUUGGAUGCCACUACAGUAUUGUCACGAGCUAUUGCCGAGUUAGGAAUUUACCCUGCAGUGGAUCCUCUAGAUUCCUCUUCACGGAUAAUGGAUCCAUCCAUAGUAGGCGAUGAUCACUAUAAUGUAGCUAGAGGAGUACAAAAGACACUACAAUCAUAUAAAUCCCUACAGGAUAUCAUUGCCAUUCUUGGAAUGGAUGAACUCUCUGAAGAUGAUAAGUUAACUGUAGCUCGGGCACGCAAAAUUCAACGUUUUCUAUCACAACCAUUCCAAGUCGCAGAAGUUUUUACGGGACAUUCAGGGAAAAUGGUAUCCAUUGCAAAAACUGUAGAAGGUUUCAAACGCCUUCUCGAUGGAGAGUUGGAUGAAUUGCCGGAAAUUGCCUUUUAUAUGGUCGGGGAUAUAAAUGAUGCUAUCGAAAAAGCCAAAAACUUGGCAAUGACAAUGUCCAUGGAAAAAUAA